UUACUUUUCUUCUUCUUAUUAUUAUUAUUAUUUUUAUUAUUAUUAUUAAUUUGGUCAUAGAUGCUAAAUGAAUUCAAUUCAGUUCAAUAAAUUUUAUUUGUAUAGCGCCUUUUACAAUGGACAUCGUCUCAAGCAGCUUUACAAAAGCAGAGAAACAGAAAGGAGAGGGGAAAAAAAGUUUAAAUUAAAGUUACUAUUUUAUCCCUAAUGAGAAGCCUGAGGUGAUGAUGGAGGAAUAUGGGGAAGAAACCUUGAGAGGAACCAGGCUCAGAAGGGAACCCAUCCUCAUUUGGGUGACACUAAACAGAAAAUAAUGUAACUGUAGCUGAUUAAUGUCCUUUCUACAACAGAAAUCAAUGACCCAUGAGGAACUAUUAGGUCAGUGUAGUUUCUGAGGUCAUUAUAAACACUAGUUCUUUGCUGUCACAAGCUGACAGAUGAAAUGGCAGAUCUGUGACGGUGUGAAAGUCCCCAAGUGGCUCUGUCCACGGCUGUCUCCUGGUCCACACAGAUCCAUCCACAGCACCAGUGGGCACCAUCACGCAGCUAGACUCUGACCAGGGGUAGGGCAGUGGUCACACUGGAACUGGCAAACACUGGGAGCUCAGGAGUGGGGUGUAUAGCUCCACAGAGAAGGUAGAGAGAGAAAGAGAAAGAUAUUAAGUUUCUGAUCAUGUGAUGUUUAAAGACAAUGUAGAAUUAUGUAUAAAGUGCAGCCAGGGACUCCGGCAAGACUAGCUAUGACAUCAUAACUAAAAGGGAGAGCCAGAAGGUCACAGACAUGAAGGCUUCCAGGGACAUAAAGCAUCCGACCACUUCACAGUCAGUGACCUGAGCGACUUGCGAGGGUGGUAAGAUGACAGCAUCCAACACAUCCCAGUCACCAAACACUCUAUGACCAUGAACCUUCCAGAUCUGCUCCUUUACCUAAGAAAACUAUACAUUAAAAGCUCGACUAAACAAAUGUGUCUUUAGCAGGGUGUAACUUUGGUUUGAGGAGUGUGUGUGUGGGGGGGGUAUGAAAUGGAGAAAAUGUUUUUGAUGUGAAUCCCAUUUCCUGCAUUUACAUACAUUUAGGGACUAUGGUGAUACAAAAUCCAGGAAAUAAUGAAGUAGAUUAUAAGGAUAAAUUCUGCCAAAAAGAAUAGUAGGCUACUAAACUAUGUAUAUAAAAAAUGUCUUACUUUCUUUAUUGUUUAAUAGCGGCCGAUCACCAAGACUUGAGAGAAUCAUUUUAUAAAGUCAAAGAUGUUCACUGUUAAUGUUUUGGAUGUGAAUAAAAUUUAAAUAAUGUGAGACUAAAUUUCCACUGUUAAGCAAACUUUUAUAGCACUAUUUAACUAAUACUAUAUAACUACAUAAAUACUAUUUAACUAAUAAAAUAUCAGGGUCUGACUGAUAAGGUCAGUCUGAAACCACACCCAUGUGAUGAUGUGACCAUGUUAACAAAAUAUUCUAAACAUCUAAACACACACUUUGGCUCCUACAAAAAGAGAAUUUAAUUUGAUAAUAUUCAAGCUGUAUUCAUUACUUUAUCAUGCACACUUCUUCCCUUUUAUCACCAACAAAUCCGAAUCCGAGUCAAACAUUAAACUAGCCUCCAGAGUCUGCUUGUCAUACAUUGCUGACAGAAAAUGCGCAGUUUAAAGUCAACUCCUUUUUCAUGGUACAGUAGUCCUCCUCUAUAUGGCGGUCCCGGUAAAUUGUGGAUUUUUAUUUGGAACAACAAAUUAAGUUGCCUUUAUUUGUCACAUAUACAUUACAGCACAGUGAAAUUCUUUCUUCACAUAUCCCAUCCGUGGAGGUUGGGGUCAGAGCGCAGGGUCAGCCAUGAUACAGCGCCCCUGGAGCAGAGAGGGUUAAGGGCCUUGCUCAAGGGCCCAACAGUGGCAACUUGGUGGUGCUGGGGCUUGAACCCUUGAUCUUCCGGUCAACGAUCCAGAGCCUCAACCACUUGAGCUACCACUGAGUUGAAAUAAGUUAAUUUAUUAAGAAAAAUAUAAUUUUUAAUUACAAAAUAUGAACAUUAAUUAAAAUUAUGUAAAAUGUUAAUAAUAUAUAAAAUACUGUAUAGCGUAUUUACUCAAGAGACAAAGAACACGUAGCGUUGUUUAGGAAAGGGCGGUGUGGGGACGCUGAAAAUACAGUACGGCUGGAGUCUGGCCAAUCAGAAUGCCCCAUUCAUUUAAUCACGCUUGUGAUUGGCUGCUGGCUAUGCGUGCAGUUGGGGAAAGGGUAGCAACUCCCCAGUUUUUCGCGUGUCACUGUCCCGAGUGUUUGUUUUAUUUUUACGGUUUUUCUGUAAACCCUAUUUUGUCGCCCAAACUCUCUGCUCCUUCUAAGGUUUCUGGCAGGGAACAUACAUACACACAGUACUCAAUAUAAAUGUAAUAUUUCUACCAAUUUACCCAAAAUUCAUCUCACUAUAUGCUUGCAAAUGUUUUCUGUGUGUGUUUAAAGAGUGUGGGAGGGUCAUUUACGGCUUAAACAAUAAAAAAAAAUCAUUUGGGGGUGACGUCCAUGUAUUGCAGAUUUUCGUUUAUCACGGGUGAUUUUGGAACGUAACCUGCACGAUAAACGGGGGAUUACUGUACACAGAAUCUUCUAAUCUACAUUAAAUAUUUAGCUAACAGUCUGAAGUUACGUAGCAACAACAGUCAUCCAUGAUCACAUCAUCUGUUGCUGCUUCCAGUGUUUCAUUGCUGACUGUGCUGCAGCCACUAAACCUGUUCAUUACACCUUUCAGUCAGCUAGUUUUAGAGUGUGCAGUUAAAUAAGCAUAACAAACCUAUUUAAAAAUUUGGGGGGACACGAACAGGAAUUUGUAAAGUGGGGGGGGGCAUGUCCCUCCUGUCCCCAGUGGAAAUUACGCCCCUGGUCUUCAGCCUAGACUUAAACACUGAGACUGUGUCUGAAUCCCCAACACUAAUUGGAAGGCUGUUCCAUAACUGUGGGGCUUUGAAAGAGAAAGCUCCGCCCCCUGCUGUAGCCUUUGCUACUUGAGGUACUACCAGGUAACCAGCACCCUUUGAUCGGAGUAGGCGUGGCGGAUCAUAAAAGACAAAAUGAUCGCUCAGGUACUGUGGCGCGAGACCAUUUAGUGCUUUAUAGGUCAGUAACAGUAUUUUAUAAUCAAUGUGAAAUCUGACUGGGAGCCAAUGUAGUGUGGAUAAAAUAGGAGUGAUGUGUUCAUAUCUUCUGGUUCUAGUUAGGACUCUAGCUGCUGCAUUCUGGACUAACUGGAGCUUGUUUCUGCUCCUACUGGAACAUCCAGACAGUAAGACAUUACAAUAAUCCAACCUAGAGGUAACAAAAGCAUGAACUAGUUUCUCUGCAUCAUGAAGCGACAUCAUAUUUCUUAUCUUAGCAAUAUUUCGGAGAUGAAUGAUUCUGUUUAUCUUCAGAAAUGUUAAAGAGGAAACAGACUGAGGAAACAGAAUUCCACAACAUUCCUCUGUCCUCUUCUUUACUGCUUAUCAACAGUUUAUAACCAAAAGUACUGAAUGAACUCGCCUCCUUCUGAUGCUGUGUCCAGUCCGCAGCGUCCACUACAGCAUUAAUCCACUAUUAAUGUCUAUAUAGCCAAAAUCUUCACUCAGUCUCACACUCACUCUGUCUCUCUCUCUGUCUCACUCUUUCUCUGUCUCACUCUCUCACUGAUACACAUCUAUCUGAAACUCUCCCACUCUUACACACUUGGAGCUGAAGUGUCCAGGCUGUGUAGUAAAUCAGAUUGUCCUUCAGUCUGUUUGAUGAAGAUGAAGUGAAUCUGCAGGAUUGUAUACGUCAUGCUGAUGACACCUGAUUGGCUGAUCAGAUAACUGCAUGAAUGCGCAGGUGUGUUCUUAAUAAAGAGGACGCUGGCGUGUAUUUCCGAAAAGUGAGGAAACAGCGCCCUCUGCCGAGGAGUAUGACGUCACUGCAGGAGACAUUUAAGGAGGAACAGAAAUUGGAGACAUCAGAGAUCAGAUCAUCAGCAUGUUACCGUCUCCAUCAUGACCAUUAACCAUUUAUAUUAAUUAGUAACUCAGAGUGUGUGUGUGUGUGUGUGUGUGUGCGUGCGUGCGUGCGUGCGUGUGUGCGUGUGUGUGUGUGUUGUAGCUGUGUGUUGAGGCGGUGCCCUUUACUGCAGGGUGGGACAGCGACACGCGCACACACACACAGACACACUCAGCACCGCGGUGCAACACAGACGGACACACACACAUCAGUGCAGCGGUGUGUGUGAGACUGCACGAGGAUUCUAGAAUGCUCGGUAGCUGGUGGGUGGAGUAAAGAUGAGUGUGACAUCAUGGUUUUUGGUGAGCAGCUCCGGCACUCGGCACCGGUUGCCUCGGGAGAUGAUCUUCGUGGGUCGUGAGGACUGUGAGCUCAUGCUGCAGUCCCGCAGUGUUGAUAAACAGCAUGCUGUGAUUAACUACAAUGCUGCCACUGAUGAGCACCUGGUGAAAGACCUGGGCAGUCUGAAUGGGACCUUUGUGAAUGACCUGAGGAUUCCUGAUCAGACAUACAUAACACUCAAACUUUCGGACAUCGUUCGCUUCGGAUAUGAUUCCCAUGUGUACGUUCUGGAGCGAAGUCAACAUCGAGUACCAGAGGAGGCUCUAAAGCAUGAGAAAUACACAAGCCAGCUGCAGAUGGACUUAAAAUCCUCUGAGCUGAAGAAGAAAGAUCUGCAGGAUGACAGAAUGAAGACAGACAGGUCUGAACGCAAGAGUCUCACAGAAACCUCUGUGUGUCGUCCCACUCCUUUAUACGGUCAGCCCUCAUGGUGGGGAGAGGAUGAUACAGGAAGUAAAGAUUUUAUUAAUGAAGGACGGAAAACAGAUGACAGUCGAACAGAAGUCUUGAAGGACGCAGAAGUGAACGGCUCUCUUCAGGAAUUCCGCGAUGGCCAAAGCAAGUCUACAUUCCUGUACCAUCGAGAACCAAGUUACUUUGAAAUUCCCACCAAGGAGGUUCAAAGCCACUCCACCUUCACAGAAAUGGAGCUGAAUGACAUUCCCACCAAGGACACAGAUGCCUUACCCAAGUCCACUGUGCCCGUUUACCAGAGCCACGCCUCCUUCACCAUCGAGUUUGAUGAAUGUACACCAGGAAAAAUUAAAAUCAAAGACCAUGUGACCAAAUUCUCAUCUCGCCAGCGCAGUAAACAGUCCAGUGCUAAAGUGACCAGUGCUGCACCUACAGAGGUCCAGUCUCCAGAGAGCAAGGUUGCUGAUUGGCUGGUUCAGAGUGAUGUAGGUAUGAUGUCAUCAAGGCGACCAACCAGCGAUGAUGUUUAUAGCACCAAGAGUGACCUCGCAAUGCACAUCAGGACACUGAAAGGACACCAUCAUGAAGAUGGCACUCAGAGUGAUUCUGAAGAUCCUGUAAUAAAAGGAAAGAGGAGUAAAUCUCAUCACUCAGUCCAAUCAGAGGAAUCAAAUUUGUCAAAAACAUUAGAACCACCUGAGACUUACAAACCUCCAUCACCACCUAAACAGAUUCAUGACUUCUCCAGCGUUCCUGAAGGAACUGCAGUAGAAGAACCUUCACCUCCAGCUCAAAGCCAGCUGAAAUGUGGGCAUCAGGAACCACUGAGCCAACAGGCCUUUAUUAUUGAAUUUUUUGACGAUAAUCCACGCAAGAAACGUUCCCAGUCUUUUACCCACAAUCCUGUGCAUGGUGAUAAUUAUUCAGCCCUCAAAGUGAAGCUGGAACGGCGUAAAGGAGCUGAAAGGCCUGCAUCUGUUCAUGGAAAUAUUCCUCCUACACAACAGAUCACAGUUCCACUAAAGGGCUUAAGUCACGGAGUUCAUCAAAGAUCAAGCUCACUAAAGAGGGAGAAGACGGAGGACACAAUGAGCAAGGGUGGCACUUCCCCUUCAUCUUCGGGCACUUCCUGUUCUAUCACGUCCUCUUCCUCUCGCUCUUCUCCAGCAAUCACCAUCAAACCUUUCGGCAGUAUUGGAAAGAAAUCCAAACUUGCUCAAGAAUUUGUUAACGAGUUUCUUAAUGAAUCCUCGCCACCUAUGUCAGCACCACCAGUGAUGAUGUCACCAUCACACACCCACCUUCCGUCUCCAGAGGACUCACGUGUAUGUGCCCCGUCCUCCAUGUCUUACCCGGCCUCUCCAUUACAGACACACGCACACAGUCUGCCCCAAACACUUCUUCCUACUUCAUCUCCUAUUUCCGUGCCCUCUCUCCCUCCAUCUGGGGGUGUAGAUUCCAGUCUUUCAGCUGCACCUCCAUUUACACCGGUACUGAGCACCGGGGCAGAUCCUAAAGCCCUUAGAACACUCCUUAAAGGCUCAGGGGCAAUUCGUACAGAGGACGAGGACAGUUUGAGUGAUGCUGGGACUUACACUAUUGAGACUGAGUCUCAGGAUAAAGAAGUGGAAGAAGCUCGCAGUAUGAUUGAUCAGGUGUUUGGAGUGCUGGAUGCUCCAGAAUACAGUGGAGUUUACAGACCGGUCAUCAAUGAGCAAGAUAUGCUAAAGCAAACCCAAGCUGAACUCAUGCACACAUCAGCUGAAGAUCUUAAUUCUAGCAUCAGUGCAGAUCCAGAAAGCUUCCUGGAGGGACAUUCUGACCUGUCUGGACCUAAGUGGGUGUCUCGGUGGGCAAGUUUAGCAGAUCCUUACAGUGACUCUGUAGGUACAGCGCCACCUUCAGGAAGUCCACCUCAAGGAUCUGAUUCACAAAGAGAUGUCAAAGCCGCACCAAGCCAAAGUGUGGACCAGUCAGAAUCAGAGUGUACUCAGAGCUCCAAAACCAGACGUCUUCUCCCUCAGGUUCCUUCUGCAGGAGAAAGGCAGGAGAGUACCACUCCCUGUAUCCUGAUCCGGACUGAACCCAGCGUGGAGAAUGAUCCAUCUGAAAAAGUUUCUAGAAUGUCACAGCCGGAUUCCACUCAGAGGUUAAAGGUUCAGGAAGAUGUGGAUCACGAUAGCCUGAGUGACACCAGUCGUUCUGAUGAUAGCUCAAUCCUGGACAGGAGCUCAAAGAGUCAGGAGCAGUACAGAAUGAUGGCACCAUUAGUGUCCGAAAACAUCCAGCCAAAGUCCACUUCUUUCUACAUCGGCUCUGAGGAAGGCUUCUACAAAUCCGAUGCUUCACGGAGUCCAGUUCUUUCUCAAGCUGAGCGUGCUCCUUCCCCCAAGAUGCCUCCUACUACUGUCCUAAUACGACACCUGAGCAGCCAGGAGCACAAGCGAGCAGUGAAGCCAAACUCAUCAGCACCAAAUCUCCAAAUCCAUAACAAAGAUCCUAUUCCCACCAAAGAACUUCCGUCAUCGGCUUUCGUUCGCCAGGAGAGUUUCACCAAAGACAGACCAAGUGACAACAUCCAGGUUAAAAAGUUACCUCACAUCUCAAGUCAUCCCACUUUACGGGAUUUAGGCACCCUAGGAAGUGAACAAGAAGUUUUAUCAAAGGAAAAGAAGCAAUCCACAUCUUCUCAAAAGCAGAAAAAGGAAAGUUCUCCUGAACAAGCUGAAGAUUCUCUAUCUGGUGAAUCAGAUGUGGACACAGCGAGCACUGUGAGCUUAGUGAGCAGUAAAAAUGUGCCUGUUAGCACUAUUAAGAAGCAUACCUCUUCUAGUGCACUUCGUAAGGAUAAAUCUUCUUUAGGUUUGACUUCUCAGGAGAAAAGCAGACAGCCAACAGCUCGAGAGCGACUUUCAGAAAAACGUCGCAAUAAUGCAGUUACGGAGACCAGCGCCACUAAAUCGGAAUCUACACGUCGUCUCCAUUUACGCCGCAGCACCGGAAACAGCGGCUCCUUAGAUUUUUCUGACAAUCAUCAGAUUCAUGGCCAAACCGAAACUGCCUCGUCUGAUCAUGAAUCAACAUCUCGACCUUCUAGUCGCAAGAAACUCUCAGUGUCUCUGCAAAACCAAGACUCAAACAAGUCCAAUAAAGCAGCUCACCAGGUUCUGACCCGCUCCAAUAGUCUCUCAGCUCCUAGACCGACGCGGGCCUCCAUGCUGCGCCGCGCUCGACUCGGGGAAACAUCCGAUAAUGAAGGUGUGGAAACAGACCGUGCAUCUCAGGGUUCAGAACACACAAAACUCUCUGGAGACACCAAAAAGCUCUCAAGAUUAGACAUUUUAGCGAUGCCACGUAAACGCACAGGAUCCUUCACCACUCCAAGUGAUAACGAAUCACUGACCAAACAAACACAAAGCCGUCCCUCGGACUCCAGCACUAACGGGAGGAGAAUGUCCACUAGUGAAACAAAACCAACCAAAAUCUCUCCAACAGCAGAGAAACAUCUGUCCAGUCGCACACGCACUAAUCAGACCAAACACUCGGGCACAGGCAGUUUUCGUUCGAGACAGAAAGGUUCUGAUUAUUCCUCCACGUCAGAGGAAGAGCAUGAUGUCAGCUCUAAAACUAAAUGCUCCCUCACUUCAGCUUCAACUCAGACACAAACCCCACAGAGACUCAUUCCCACUCGGCUGGACAUAGAGGACGAUGAAGCACAAAACGAGCACUACCAGAACUGGACCAAUCACAGUGCAGAGAUCGCCAGACUGAGUCAGGACUUGGCCAAAGAUCUUGCUAUUCUCGCACGUGAAAUCCACGAUGUAGCUGGAGAUGCUGACACACAUACACCUGCAGCGACGGGGUACAACAGUCCACCAGGCUCCGCUCCACACACACCUGCAUCCACUAUCUCCGCCCGAGAGGAGUUGGUGCAUCACAUCCCAGAUGCCAGUCUGAGUUAUCAGAAAGUUCCUGCAGGUUCCCCGAGUCCAGUGGAUCAGGACAGUGAUGGAACCAAACGAAGGCCUUGGAGCAGAGAAGAGGUGAUUUUGGACAAUCUGAUGCUGAACCCUGUGUCCCAGCUUUCACAGGCCAUCAGAGAGAACACAGAGCAACUCACCGAAAAGAUGAAAUCUUUAUUCCACAACACCACAGAGGUCUGGGAGGAGAUUGAAGCAAAAAUAAACGCUGAAGAUGAAGUUCCUAUCAUUAAAACCUCCAACAAAGAAAUCUCAUCCAUCCUGCAGGAGCUGAGGAGAGCCCAGAGACAGCUGGAGGUCAUAAACUCAAUUGUGGAACCUGGAGGAGGUGUGAAGGUGAUAGUGCCACCUGCUGCAGAAAAAAAGAAAUCUGCCAAGCGAGGUGGUAAAUAAGUGACCUGAAGAAGGUGAAGUGUGUUGGAGUCCAGAGUAACUGCUGAGUGAAUGCCUUCAUGCUUUAUAGAACACGACUACGCUGAAAGAUAAUGCUGUAUUACAUAGAAACCUGUUGCUUGCUUCAGAGACGUGUGUGUGUGUGUGUGUGUGUGUGUUUAUAAUGUAAACUAGUCACUAAACACUACUUACUCAGAUGUGUGUAUUUUUCUGUGUGUCAGCUCUUUUAGCUGUUCACAUCAUUUCUCCUCACUGAAGUGGAUUUUUAGAAUUUACUUACCAACAAAAACAGGAUGUAGAAUGUAAGCUUAUAAACAAACCUACAAACAAAAUGUCCUCUGUGACAGAACACUUUAUUCAUGAUCAGCUUCAGCUAAGAACUCCUAGCUAAUUUCCUGGACAUUUGAGUGUUUGCAAAUGUUCCAGAGAUUUCUAUAGUCUCCUGAAAUCAUUCAGGUGCAGUGAUUAUUUCUCUUUUUGCUGCGUCCCAGCACCAGAUCUGUGUUCAGAAACUUUUCUGCUUCUUUAAAGCAAGUGUUUACAGAAAUAAAACGAAAUAUUUCGAUAAAUAUAUGAUUCCUGUGCUGAUGGUGACACGCUGUUCCUGUGAUGAAGCACAGCGCUGUAGCAUGAUGCUCUAAGCUUGAGUUUCAGCAGAAGGAAAAGGAAGGUUUAUUGUCAUCACAGGAAGCAUGGCUGGAGACUGAUAGCAGCGUGUCAGAGUGGAGAACAAAAUCUACAGACAUUAAACUGAGGCUUCAUCACACUGACUCACACUGAGAAAAAGAUCAAACCCUAAAAAAGCUAGAGACACUGAGUCUGAAGAGAGUCUCCAUCAUCCAUCAAGCUGUUCCACAUUUAGAUACUUCUCAGAUCAUCUGGAGAAGCUCUACAUCAUUAAUCUCAUGUUAUUUCUGUAAAAAACCACUUAAAGAGGAGCAGAAAAAAUCCCACUUUGAAGUAAUAAUUAAGCGGUGAAGACUCUGAAAGUCUCGAGUGAUCUCUCUACGUGUGUGUGUGUGUGUGUGUGUGUGUGUGACCUGGAGGAAAACUGACCCCUGGAGGAUACACACUGAGGAGAUUCAGUGCUUUAGGUUUAAAGUGAAUGGUUAUAAAUCUGCAUUAUAACUGUGCUAUGCAUUAAAACACACACACACACACACACACACACACACACAGUGUGAUAUAUCUGUAUAUAAGUAUCUUUUAUUUCCUGGUGCAGUGUGAAUGUCUGCUAAUGAGAAUGUGGCUAAAGCUAAACAGCACUAAGCAGCUCAAUGCAACAGAAAUAUAAUAAAGUUAAAAUGUAAUCAAAUGACAGUAUUUAUAAAGCUUUGCUGCAGAAAUACUGAACAAAAAUUAAAAAACAGUGACGACAAGAUAUAAUGGUCUCAUCAGUGACCGAACAUUAGCUCCUUUUACUCACUGAUCCACUUUUUAGUUAUUUUAUUUAAAAUGGCUUCUUUAAAGACUAAUAUUUUAUUCUGCUUUAGUCUCCACCCCUUUAACCCUGCCCCCUUUAACCCUGCCCCUUUGACCCCACCCCUUUAACUCCACCCUUGUCACUCAUUGAGAAUCUUUUUGUUAUUUAAGCCCUUGUGAGGAUUUAAUGCUGUAAUUAUCACACUGAACUCAGAAACUCUGAGAUGUUUUGACAAGUGAGCUUUACGCAUGUGAGGGGGCGGAGUCUGUCUGAAACAACAACACUUCCACAAAAUGAAUCUGAUCCAAGAGCAUUAUUUCCCGUCAGCUUUAAGAGCAUUAAGUGUCUGCCAUUUUGAACUGUUUGUUUCUGUAAAUAUUUAAACACUCCAGUAUAACAAUACAUUCAUAAUAUCUUACGAUAGAAUACAUUCAUAAUUUCACACCUCCUCCAGGUUCCACAAUUCACUCUAAAAAAACACACAAAAUCAUGUCUUUAUCAAACGCUGCUUAUGUAGAGGAGUGAAUUAUUUUUAGAUAAAAUUACAAAUGAAUUAAAAGAGAGCGCAGCAGGAAGACAGAAAACACGCCUCUGAUUGGAUCACGCUGAUCAUGUGACAUAACCGUGUGGAUAUUUAUCUGACCAAUCUGACCAAGCUGUGGUUUUACAUGUAGACUUCUGGACCAUCGUGUGUGUGUGUGUGUGUGUGUAAUGUCAGUUAUAUUAAGAUCUAGUUUUGUAAUAUUAAUAACGCAGAUCUAAUCAGUUAUUUCAGUGUUAUUAUUCUGAUUAAUGCAGAUUUCAAUGAGCCAGUUUCUGGUUCUGUUCAGAAAUCAGAAAUCACGUCUGAAGAAUCAUCUCAAGCUAAUUUAAAUGAUUGGAUUUAAACACUGAUUCUCAUUCAGAUGAUUCAGAUCUCUGAAAGUUCUUUAUUAAAACCAGCAGCAAUGACAGCAGAAGACAGAGUUCAUGUCUAAAUAAUUUCAAGUUAAAUAUAUGAUAAUAAUCAAGUUGUAGAAGGAGUGCAAGGAAGUGAAGGAGUGCGAGGAAGUGAAGGAGUGCGAGGAAGUGAAGGAGUGCGAGGAAGUGAAGGAGUGCGAGGAAGUGAAGGAGUGCGAGGAAGUGAAGGAAUGUGAGGAAGUGAAGGAAUGUGAGGAAGUGAAGGAAUGUGAGGAAGUGAAGGAAUGUGAGGAAGUGAAGAUGGUGAAGAUUUUGUGGAUUUGUGAAAAUGAUUUGUUUUCUUGUUGAGUGCCAAAUGGUCCCAAUCCCUAAACCCAGACUUUUGGUAAUUUAAUUAGAUAAAUAUUAAAAUAUUGUUUUGUGUUAAAGUUGAAGCUCUGAAGUUAAAAUGUCUGAAGCUCUACAGAGGAGAGAAAUGUUGAGAUUUUAUCAGAACAUUCUAGAAAACAGUCACGAGUUAAAUUAGAAACCUGACACUCAUCACCUGUGUGUGAUGUUUAUACAGACUGUUGUUAACUUCACAGCGAGUGUGUGGACAGAUGUGUGUGUGUAUUAUUCUAUUAAAUUGGGUAGCAUUGUUUAUCAGUGUUCAUCAACAGCAGUGUUUUAUUUUUUAACUUUUUUUUACUGUUAUUACAUUACAUAGAUUUUUAAACUUUAUUUAUUUAUUUAUUUAUUUAUUUAUUUAUUUAAAUAAAUAAAUGUUCUGUUCUUUUUGGUAUAGCACUUUUAGCCAUGGACAUUGUUGCAAUGCACUUAUAUAUAUAUUUAUGUGUGUGUGUGUGUUUUCUCACAACUGAUGAUUAAAUAUGUGUAUCUGUAAAUUUAUUGAGUGUGAAUGUUCUGUAUAAAAUCACACACACACACACACACACACACAGUCCCCUCUGAAAUUGCUGGAACAUUAAGGCCAGCUCUUUUGUUUUUUUUUACUUUUCACUGAGGACAUUUGGGUUUGAGAUCAGAAGAUGAAGAUGAUGAUGAUCAGAGUUUCAGCUUCAUGUCCUGAUGCUCACAUGGAGAGAGGAGUUAUAGAAUGUAGAACAAGCUCUCACGUCAGUAGUCCAGCAGUACUUUCAGAGGCGACUGUCCUGCACAUCCACACUGACCUCACUGCUGGGUUUCUGUUACUGCUGUGUUUAUAUUCACUGUUUGUACAAUAAACAUUCAUUACAUUUACAAUAAAUCACUUUCAGUC